CUCUAUCACUCCGUGUCUCCUUAGAUUUCAUGAACGUCUACUACCAGAUACGCUCCAGCCAGCUGGACCGCUCCAUCAAGGGCCUGAAGGAGCAUUUCCAUAAAAGCAGUUCUUCCUCUGGGGUUCCCUACUCCCCUGCUAUCCCCAACAAGAGGAAAGACACACCUACCAAGAAGCCAGUCAAGCGGCCAGGUCACGAGCAUGAUUUCCGAGUUAAGCACCUGUCCGAGGCCCUGAACGACAAGCACAGGCCACUGGCCGGGAGAGAUGACAUGCUAGACGUGGAGACCGAUGCCUAUAUCCACUGCGUCAGUGCCUUCGUCAAGCUGGCCCAGAGCGAGUACCAGCUGCUGGCUGACAUCAUCCCUGAGCACCACCAGAAGAAGACCUUUGACUCCCUGAUACAGGAUGCCCUGGAUGGGCUGAUGCUGGAGGGGGAGAACAUCGUGUCUGCCGCCCGGAAGGCCAUUGUGCGGCAUGACUUCUCCACGGUGCUCACCGUCUUCCCCAUCCUGCGGCACCUCAAGCAGACCAAGCCUGAGUUUGACCAGGUGCUCCAGGGCACGGCCGCCAGCACCAAGAACAAGCUGCCUGGCCUCAUCACCUCCAUGGAGACCAUUGGCGCCAAAGCGCUGGAGGACUUCGCUGACAACAUCAAGAAUGACCCGGACAAGGAAUAUAACAUGCCCAAGGAUGGCACUGUGCACGAGCUCACCAGCAAUGCCAUCCUCUUCCUGCAGCAGCUUUUGGACUUCCAGGAGACGGCAGGUGCCAUGCUGGCCUCCCAAGUUCUUGGGGACACAUACAAUAUUCCUUUAGACCCCCGAGAGACCAGUUCUUCCGCCACCAGCUACAGCUCCGAGUUCAGCAAGCGGCUGCUAAGCACCUAUAUCUGUAAAGUGCUGGGCAACCUGCAGUUGAACUUGCUGAGCAAGUCCAAGGUGUAUGAGGACCCAGCUCUGAGUGCCAUCUUCUUGCACAACAACUACAAUUACAUCCUCAAGUCCCUGGAGAAGUCUGAGCUGAUCCAGCUGGUAGCAGUGACACAGAAGACUGCCGAGCGCUCCUACCGGGAGCACAUUGAGCAGCAGAUCCAGACCUACCAGCGCAGUUGGUUAAAGGUGACCGAUUACAUCGCAGAGAAGAAUCUACCUGUGUUCCAGCCGGGAGUCAAGCUCCGGGACAAGGAGCGGCAGAUUAUCAAGGAGCGUUUUAAGGGCUUCAAUGAUGGCCUCGAAGAAUUAUGCAAAAUCCAGAAGGCCUGGGCUAUUCCGGACACGGAGCAGAGGGACAGGAUUCGCCAGGCCCAGAAGACCAUUGUCAAGGAGACCUAUGGGGCCUUUCUGCAGAAGUUCGGCAGCGUGCCCUUCACCAAGAACCCGGAGAAGUACAUCAAGUACGGUGUGGAGCAGGUGGGCGACAUGAUCGAUCGCCUUUUCGACACCUCCGCCUGAGCCUGCUGCUAGCCCUGCCUGGUUCCACCAGACUGACAUGUCAUUGGACAGAUAAGCCAGUGUUAAGUUGCCUCUGGCCGGGUGAGCUCGAAGUCCUUUGGGACACAGACCUGUCUCCAACACCCCAUCCAGGAGCCAUGUCCCCAAGCCAUCCAGUCCUGGGUUCCACUCCUUCCCCACACCCCAUGUUCCCAACCAAACCAGCACUCUCCCGGAAGCCUGGGGUCCCUUCAUACCUUGGCUUUUGUGACCCUGAUGGCUUCUGAAACAGGAAGGGAGAGAAGGAAGACAGGCCUGUGCCCAUUGCUGCCUCACGUGUACCAAGAGCAGGAGGGCAGCAUGGCCGUACCUCCAGCCUAGGUCAGAGGUGGGGCCAGAGAACUCCCCCUACAGCCCAGAAAUGUGGUGGGGCUCAGAGGGCCAGAGCCCCUGGAGAAGGCAGGCAGCAUUGACCCCUCUCUUGGAUUUAGUGCAGAGAACACAUUCCCGCUCGCCCACAGGCCUGAGGUCUGGGACCUUUCCAUCUCCCAGGAGUCCCCUAGGUGGCUGGGGGCAGGUGUGCUCACUGUCCUUUCCCCCUGGAGUCCAGCACAUUGCAGGAGGCAUUUGGAGGAGUUCUGCCCCACCCUCUGCAGCCUUCCUCAGACCCGUGUCUCCAGUCCUCAGCCUCAGUGCCUCCUGGCCCAGGGCCAAGCAGUCAUGUUGCAGAAGGAGCAGUUAGGCUGCCUGCCCGUGUGCUGGGAGACAGGGACAAUGGGCAAAAAGUCAGGAGCAAAGUAGAGGUCAGAAGCAAAAAAUAGGACCCCCCCUAUUUAAGACGAGAAUGAAGACUGCCCCUUGAGGCACACUUGCGCAUGGGGAUGGGUUUAUUUCAUACUUUUCUUGUAUGCUGGCAUAGGGAGAGCUCAGGGUGGCUUUGUCCAGAGACCCUGUCAUGGCCUCCCCCAGCCAUGGGACAGCAAACGUCACCCUAAGGUGUGCAGCCCAGGCCCUGCCCCGUUAUGGUCUAGGCCUCCUGCCGUGGGGUGCAGCCUCUCCAGGGGCUGGGUCAGACUUGCACGCUGCCCACAUCCAAAUGCCAGCAAAGAUGAAUUGGCAGCACAGCACCCCAGACACAUACACCACGAAGAAGAUGCGGUCAGCAGUCUCAGGCCAGCUCCUCUGUGACCCCUUUACUCCCCUGGGGGGCUCUGUGGGGACAGAGGCAGGGAAAGAAGUUGUUCUUCAGGGUCCCCCCAACAUGAUCAGAAGAGUGAACCCCAGGGGUCAUCAGCCUGAAUCUUUCCCUUUCUUAGACUCUCAGGUGAUGUACAUUUCGGUCUGGCCCAUUUCAGGCCAUCUUUAGUUGAAGAAACCCCCUCAGAAGGACUGUGGAAGGCAUGGGGUUAUCAGGGCGUUGAGGUCACCUGGGACUUCAGGGAGGCUCAGCUUGCUCCCUGCCCCAGACCUGUUUCUUCCAAGGGAGGAGGACAUGGUGGUGACCAGGGACAGAAAAGCCAGCAGGGUUAAAUGCAGGGAGCCUCUACACAUGCCUGGAGCCCUUUGCCCUCACCCCAGCCCUAGGUCUGCUCCUAGGCCUCAUUCCUUACUCCCCCAGCCCCUGCCCACCUUCAGGAUGAGGCCCUGAGUUGCCAUGCUCUCGAUGUUCCCCUCUUAGGGCUGGGCUGGGGCUGCUCUUGGCCCCAAGGCUGCCCUUGGCCAGCAGCCCAGCCAGCAGCACAGUCUCCACGGUGCUGAGGAAGAACAGCAGCAGCAGGAUGGUGAAGAAGUAAACUGGGGGAGACAGGGCAUAGGGAGAUGAUCAGAGGCUAGUUCCUGUGUCUCUGGUGCCCAGCCAGCUGAGUACCAGCGGGUGGCGCGGAGAAACAGGCAGGCCAGGUGAGGGAGCAGGGCUUACUGAGCAGGGGGUUGCAGGAGGAGGAGCUUGGCAGGGCAUCCACCAGGGAGGAGUGGAAGACCAGGUAGCUCAGCAGCAAGGUCACCUUGUAGGCAAUGCGCUCGAUGGUCCAGAGGGGCAGCAGCCCCCCGCACACGUCAGCCAACAGCAGUGCCUCUGCAGGCACCAAGAGAGCAAUGAUGGACUUGAGUGCCGUGUUCUUCAGGCUCAACUGGAAGGGGGAAAAAGCCAGUGCCUUGCAGGGGGAGGAGGGAGGUGGGCAGCGGGGGCAUGGGGCCUGGCCUCUGGCCUUGCCUCCUCACACCCACCGCCUCCAGCAGCCCUCUGUCAGCUUCCUCCCGACUGGACUCACCGUCACUUUGAAGCAGGGCACCACCUGCUGGGGUGGGACUUGGGUCUUCAGAUCAUAAACUACAUAUUCCCUCUUAACACUCACAAUCUCGUUCACUGCGUGGGCCUGGAACUCUAAUUCCAUCACUGAGGGUAGGAAGGAGAACUGUGAACUAGGAGGGAGAGAUCCCUGCUGCCAAGUCUGGGGGCAGCACAUGAGCCUAGGGUGACGGAGACUUCUGAUGGCUUCUGGCAGGGACAGACUUGGAGACAAAACCGAUCCAUAGAAGGGCUUCCCAAACCUUGUUUCCCAACAUCCCAAAUUGUCUCCAGUUAAAGGAGGGCCUUUAUCAAAUUCGUAGAUGAGCUUUCAUUGUAAAAAUAAAAGUACUUUGCACCACUUCAUGAUGGAGGGAGAAGUGGUCAGAUUCA